AUGGACUGGGGACGGCUAGCUCCACCGUCGGACGGUCAGAGGUACGCGAACGUCAGCGGCCCCGGCGGCGCGGUGGCGUGCGGCGCGUGCGCGGGCGCGGGGGCCGUCGCGUGCCGCUGGCGGCGUGGGGGCGGGGGCGGCGCGGGGGCCGGGGGCGGCGCCGGGGGCGGGGGCGGCGCCGGAGCCGGCACCAUGCCGCGCGCGGCGCGCUGCUGCGGCUCCAUCGCGGAGCCGGCGCCGGCGCCCGCCUGCCUGCUGCUGCUGCACGCGCCGCGCGCCAGCUGCUCCUACCACCUGCUGCCCGAGAGCCAGCGCGCGCGCCUGCUGCCGCCGCGCCGCCGCGCGCCGCCCUGCGACCACGACCACCGCGACCCCCGCGACCACGGCGACCCCCGCGACCACGGCGACCCCCGCGACCACGGUGACCCCCGCGACCACUGCGACCCCCGCGACCCCGUCGACGACGACGACGAAGACGACGACUCGGACGACGAGGCGGGCCGCUAG